UAUUUAGGAAACUAACACAAAAAACCUUUGGCUCUGAUAACACAAAUGGGUCACCUGCUUCACACUAGGAACUGAACAUCGGUGUAGUGUUACUGCUCCAAAUACCAUCAUGUGAACACCUAGCAGUGCCAAUCAGGGAAAACUGGAGGGCAGAUCAUGUGUUGGCUUACUUGCUUCACUUACUCAGUGUGAUGCACCAUAAAGAUCAUUUUGAAACAGCUGGGCACUGAUUUUGCAAAACAGCUAUUAAUACUUCAAAUGCCCUUAUCAAUCAUAUACUUUCUUGAAUGUUAUUGCAGGAAAAGAUUUAUUGCAUAUUCUUUUCCGUACUCCUGUACACACUGAAGCUUUUAUGCCCAUUAUAGCUGCCAUCUGGUGGGGAUUAUGAACAGAUUAACCUACAAAACAGCACCUGAGCCACAGAGAAGCAGCACACACAGUCAAAGCAAUGCAGUACAGGUACAAAUUGUUUCUGUUUACCUCUUUGUAAUAGAAUAGAGCAAAUCUAUCAUUUUUGUAACCCAAAAAUCCAGUUUGGACAGCUACUUCAGGAACAAUAUGUAACUUUAAGAAACACAAAAAGUGUUAGGGCUUCACGUAACAAUAGAACAUAUAGAUCUAUUAUGGUAUAAAGUGGAAAAACAAGGAAAACACCACUGAAAAUGCUAUUAAAGCAGAGGUGUCCAAACUUUUGCAAAAAGGGCCAGAUUUGGUGUGGUGAAAAUGUGUUAGGGCCAACCUUUGUUUUGCAUUAUUUGUACCGUUAUAACAUAAAAUGCAAAUGAACCGAUUGAUUGAUUUUUUUUCUCCAAUGGGAAACUUUUCAUUUCUUCACAUUGAAAGGAAUCAAACCAAAAUCAACUUUCAGAGAAAUGCAUUCAAAAUUACAGUGAAAUUCCAAUUUGAAGACCAAAAAGUCUGUCGGUGGAAAAAAAAACUUUCGUCAACACAGAAUCUGAAGUGUUAUUCCCCAUUAAAUGCUCGCUGUAAACUUUUACAUGUAAAUCAUGAGAACAGGAAAAUAAAACAAAUAAUGUAAUUCAGAGUUGCAAACCAUUGUGGUUUGUAUCUGUAAGGCUCUAAAGGUAAAGAAGACAGGUUGUUGCCACAAAUUUACAACAGCUUAUAAUAACAUUUAGCCGAACACAAUAAAAAAAAAUCGUAAUUCUGAGAAUGUGCUUAUGGGUCUGCAUAUUGUUGCUUUUAUAACUUGAGCAGGCAAGGCAGUAGAGAUUUGAACGGGAUGGACUUUGGACAUGCCUGUCCUUAGGGAAACAAAAAAGAAAAGGAGAGGAGACCUAUUUUUUUUUCUAAAGGAUUUCAACAGCCCAUUUUCAUUCAUUUUACCAUAAAAAUAUUUAUUUGUCCAUUUCAACCCUUAAACGCUUCAAUAUCUCCUUUCAUGUAUCACACAUUAACUGUACAGAUGAGCCUUGAAGACAAAAUGGGACACAUUGUGUACACACAAUGUGAUAGAGCGGAUGAAAACUCCAGUAGGGAGGUUUUGCCUCUGUUUUCAGAGUUUGACAUGAAUCUAUUAAGCCUGCAGCAGUUGGUGGAAAGGCUUAAGGUUUUGAAAUGAGCGCUGCUUUCGGUUUCUGCCACAGGAGGGCGGAGGGUGGGACGUGUGAGGGGUCGAUGUAGGUGAUAGUGCCGAGUUUAGCACUUUGCAACCUGAUCUUCACGGAGGCAGGGCUCUGCGGUGCCAAAUCCUGCCUCGCCGCUCUGUAUGGAGACCGGAUGGAGUCACCCUAGACGGUAUGAUAGAGACAGAAGGUGGGCCUUCCUCCUCAUCAGUCAGCCGGCUUGUCAUCAUCAUCACCACCACGCAGCAGCAGCAGCAGCGGCGGCGGCGGCUCUUGAGGAAGGGGCAGACGUGAGGGGAAGUGCGCCUGGAGCUUAUUGCGCCCUGCGUCAAACUCCCGUCCCUUCAGGAGAUGCUGUCCUCUGUGGCUCUUAAAGGACUUCCCGGAGUUGUUUUGGCUGCAGGGGUUCAUGGUAACGUCGCGGGGUAAAAACAAAAAAAAAACCCAGCUGGACAGUGAUGGACUAUUCCUCCGUCCCCGCAUCUGCAUUGUGAGGAGGAGCGCACUGUCAGUGGGAGCUCGAGGAUAAAUCGGAGGAAAAUGGCAUUUAUUUGUCUGUAAAACAGACGAAAGCAUAAAGCUGGAUUGUGGUUUUUCAUUGUCUUUUCAUUCCAACAUGAGUUCGCUGUUUUUCUCCGACUCCGUGCCUGGCCCGGUGUGCAGCGUCCCAGCGGGCUCGGGCGCGGUGACCAGCGCCCUGCGUAACGACCUGGGCUCCAACAUCCACGUCCUGAAAACCCUCAACCUGCGCUUCCGCUGCUUCCUCGCCAAAGUCCACGAGCUGGAGAGGAGGAACAAAGUGCUGGAGAGCCAGCUGCAGCAGGCCCUGCAGCGACCGCAGUACCGACACCCGUUCGCCCGCGAGGUGGCCGUGCAGACGGACGGUCCCGGAUCCAGACUGCCCGGCACCAUCUGGAGCUUCACCCACAUCCGGAGGCAAGGAGAGCGCUAUGAGACCCUGCAGGGGCCUGGAGUCACGUGGACGCACCCAGAUGGAGUUGGGGUUCAAAUUGACACCAUCACCCCAGAAGUGAGGGCGCUGUACAACGUGCUGGCAAAAGUCAAGAGGGAGAGGGACGACUACAGGAAAAAAUGGGAGGAGGAGCUGUCCAAGCGAGAGCAGCUGGAAUCUAUGAUCAAAUCCCUGCAGCAGACUGCUCAGGAGUCAUCAGAGAUCCAGGAGGAGCUGAGCGAGAAGGUGGACAGGUUAAAAGCAGAACUUGUGGUCUUCAAAAGCCUGAUGAGUGACAGACAGCAAAUGUCUGACCUAGACUCCAAGAUCCAGGAAAAAGCAAGACGAGUGGACAUGGACAUAUGCAGGCGCAUCGACAUCACGGCCAAGCUGUGUGAUGUCGCACAACAACGCAACUCAGAGGACAUGUCGAAAAUGUUCAGUCCUGCCAGAUCGCUCCCAGAAAAGGGCGCCAUGGCGUGCUGCAGGAAAAAGGAGCGAAAGGGGAUUUCCGACGAGGAGAAUUCGGAGAUGGAGCAGAGCGCGUCGGAGGAGGAGGUUCCUGGAUCGCUCAACAUCACAGACGAGAUGAAACGCAUGCUCAGCCAGCUACAUUGUUCAGAUAACUCCUUUGUUGCCAGGCGCGAGACGUUUGAAAUCGACGACGACUGUGACAGCCUGACGUGGGAGGAAAACGAGGAAACUCUGCUGCUGUGGGAGGAUUUCACGAACUACAACAUGCCAUCCACCAUCACCGUGACGACUUGCCCACCGGUCGGCCCUUGUGACGGCAGCAAUGAAGCAGCCGAUCCCGACUCUCAGGAUGGAAGUCUUGGCAGCCUCAUUGAUGAAACAGAGUCACUAUUUAAGACCAGAGAGCAGGAGUACCAGCAGACCAUCGGCCAGAUAGAGAUGGAACUGGCCACAGCAAAGAGCGACAUGAACCGCCACCUGCACGAGUACAUGGAGAUGUGCAGCAUGAAGAGAGGCCUGGACGUGCAGAUGGAGACGUGUCGGCGAAUGAUUAAAGGCGGCAGGAACUCUCCUUCGUUCAGUUCCGGGGCCAGCAGCGACUCAGGGAACACAGAUGAGAUCCAGGACGAGAUCUCAGACAAGGACGCAGAGGCCGAAGUCCCUGUUAGUUGAUGGUCCGCCUCGUUCGUUCCUUGCGCUGUGCGGCCCCAUUGGCCACAGGGGUUCAAACGCGGGUGGAGCCAUAACUGAUUUUUGGUGAAACAACCCAAUUGUGGGGUAAAGUUGGGGUUCAGGCCCAGAACUGGUGCUUUUAUACUUCUUUGGUUGUUUAGAAAGUUGUGUUUUGUGGGUAGGGGUCGUUGACUUUGCUUUAUAUGGAGAAACAAGUGAAUUUAAAACCCAAACUGAGCUCCUUUCCUCUUUGCCGCCUCACUUAAUCCGUGUCCAGGAUUUUACCUCCAAAUACAGAACUAUUUUUUUUAACUGGCAGAGAAACGUUUUUACCCCAUUCAUUUCCUUUUUUUCCCUAAUGAAUUAAAAGACUAACUGUAUGAGUCUAUUUUAGUUUAUAGAGUAGUAGGGCCACUACUACUCAAGGAAUAAGGAAUAAAGGCAAGGAAUAAACAAACAAACAGAGAAUAAUGUUGUAAAAUUAUGAGAAAAAGACAUAAAUUUACAACAAUAAAGUGAUACAAUUAAUGAAUAAAAUUCAAUGAUUUUCAGUCGUAAAAUUAAGAGAAAAAAAGUAAAUAUCAUGCAUUUUUUAAAAAGUCGAGCUAAUAUAUCACAGAAAUGUCCUAAAAAUAAAAUCCUUAAAUAGUGAGAAAAAAGUAAACAUUUCAAAAGAAAAGUUGGGCAAUUGAAAAAAAAAUCCAUAAUUUUAAUUUUAAAGGAAUAACAUUAAGAAAACAAAAUUAGAAAUGUUAUUAAAAAGAUAAAGUAUAUAAAAAAUUUAACAAUUCCUAAAUAUAAAGUCAUAAGGCAACAUUUUAUAAAGUAGUCAUAAAACAAAGAAAUUCAACAAUUUAUUGAUAAUUCAUAAAUUCUUGCUUCAAAAAUUAGCAAUAUUACAAGAAAAAAGUCAGAAUUUAAAAUAAAAAUUUAUGUUUAUCUUUUAUAAUGUUUCAACAGAAAGUUGAACUCAUGAAUCUUGCUGAAUUUACUUCUUUUUUGUAGAACUGUAACUUUUUCCCCCCUAAAAUUAUCAUUAUAUUAAAAAAAAUAUGGCCUUUUCACGUAAAAUGUGGUCCUUAUGAAAAAUAAAUUUACGAUUUUUUCUCAUAAAAUAUCGACUAUUUUAUCAUAAUUGAAUCGCUUUAUUUUAAUACAAGUUUAACUUUUCCUCAUAAUUUUAUGAUUUGUUUGGUCAUAUAUUAAUUUUAGAAAUUUUUCUUUUAUGUUGACCCUAAUACCCUGUUGUAUAAAACAAAUGCAUUUUUACUUUUUUUUUUUUUCAUUUUUUGGCGACUUUUUGCAUUAGCAUCAAUUUUAGGGUAACUUUGUGUUUAUUUCGGGUUUAACGAGUCUUUUUCUGCCAAAGAUAAUUGGAAACAGAAGAUGGAGUUCUGUUUUUCUCCAAGGAAAAUCUGCAGACUUGCCAAAGUGGACAGAGGAAAGGAGCCCAGCCUUUGGAUGCAUCGGUGCACUACUGAAUUUCUAUGCAAUUUAGCUGGCCUUAUAUUUUUGUACUGGCCAUCACCCUCGCUAAUUUCUCUAAAGAAACACUAAAGAAUCUCAAGCAAAGCAGGUUUUUUUUUCCUAAAUAUAUCGAAAGUCUUGUAAUAAACUUUGUUAUUAAAAUAAGCAUCAACUGGAACAUUUCCCUCCAUACUUUAUUCAUUUAUUGGAGGGAUCUUUUUCUUUUCGGCUGUGUUUCUUGCUGCCGUUUCAGAGGAAAUAUUGCUUCUUCUUUUUUUUUUUGUCUCCAGUUCACAUCCAUUUCUAGAAUGCUGUGUCAGAGACAUACCAAUGCUUUCUGCAAAGCUUUUAAGAAGUUUUGUUUGUGAAAAAUCUUUUUUCUUCAUUUUCUUUCCUGUUUUCAGCAAUAAAUGAACAAGAAUGGUUGUUCAUUUGGGCAUUCAAAUAAAAAAAAGUAGGUUUUUCUUUAAAUAUAUAAAAGAAAAAAAGAUAGUAUUUUACUACAUGGCCUCUAGACAGGAGAAAAGGAAAUUCAGUUUGGAAAAAUGAUCUACCUUAUGGUAAACUAAUAUAAACAUUCGACUAAAUUUCGAGCACAAAAUCAUCCCUUUGCCGUACAUGUUAUGAAGGGCAAAGAAAAAUCAGCUGAUAAACUAAUCAAGCUUCAUGAGAACCUGGUCAGGUUCUUCUGUCUGAUGUCAGAAUUGAAGGAACCGGUUCCAAACACGACCCGGAUCACAUGUUCGAAGCAAAAGCAAAAAAAAACUUUCUAGGACCUUUUCAGCAAAACCCAAAGCGACAUUUGACAAAUCUUUUCUGUGACAUUCUAUUUACCAAUGCUCAUUUCAUUGCUGCUACUGUGCGAGCUAAACCAUAUCCUGCUGCAGGGGUCUAGUCCAGCUUUCUCUUUUCAAGAGGAGCAACCAUGAGACAGUGCUGAGGGCUGCAGGCAUGUGUUCACAAACACCCCAGAGGCCUUUGCGUUUAGACGACAGACUGCGAUGUGUCUCAGUUAGGCUUUUUUUCAGUGCAGCAGAACCGGAUCGACGCAUGCAGACAGGCGUUUGCUUUACAACCUACCGUUUGUACGGUUUGCUGGAUCAAAGUGCCACUUUUAUCCUGAAGUUUUCCAGUGACUUUGUUAGAAAUGGGGCCAUUUGUUUGUUGCUCAGGCAUGCCGAUGGAAAGAAAAGAAACCUUUUUUUUUCUUACAAAAACAAAUGCUGUUUUUUGAAAAAAAGCUGCAAUAUAGGCUGUGCCCUGUUGUUAAAUCAAAACUGUCUUUCCUAAUCCUUUAUCUUGUUUGUUUGAACCACUUUUUUAUUUUUAUUAAUAUGUGACACAAUAACAAAGACGACUGAGGAAGAGUCUCCCUCCCUCCCUCAUAACAUUUUAUGGAGUUUAUAUGAAAACCAGCCUGAUGAGUAACAAGGAUCCAUUCUUUCUGUGAGAUCGGAGCUUAUUACACCGUACAUAAUGCCUGUGAUGUCCAGGAACAGCAGCUUCACCGCCCGCACCGCGCUCAGACCAUCACUCCAACCAGCCGACCAAAGCAAAUGUCCUCCAAGACGUAAAGCAAGCUCAGAAUCCUGACAACUCUGGACAGACGUGGAUUGUCGUGGACUCUGAACACAAAGGGGGUUCUGCCUUUUAUAUCUGAAGGACUGUGUUAAAUCCUCUUUUUCCAUGGGAAGGGUCAUUUCCACUCCCCUGUGUCAAGGAAAUGCUCUUUUUGCUGAAUGUAGUUUGAUUUGAGGCGCCUUUUUAAAGCUAAUCAAACCACAGGGAGCUGUCAAAAACCCAGGGAAACACGGUGUACCUGUUACUAGUCCUCAACACCCCAGUCUGUGAUGUAUGUAAACUCAGUCCUGAUGGACGUGAAUGUCUCAUACGGGAAAGGGAAUUUAUACUUGAGGCCUUUAUCGGUGAAGUGGUCAUUUCCAUAGGCUGUUAUGAUCACUUUUGAAUUUUGUAGACAUGACUGGGAGGUAAAAGUGGCCACAAUAUUUGGUUUAAAGACUCCUGUGUAUCUGUGGGAUUUCUUCAUCUUUAUUGAAAUGACAAAAGUACUUCAUAAAGUACUUUGGUCCUCUUUGAUUCAGGUAAACUGUAAUCCUAUGGGUCCAGGGUAGACUUGCUUUCAACUUUAUGAAUGUACUCAGUUAAUAUUGGGGCAAAAUAAAUAAAGUGGGAUUGGUUAAAAAAAA